ACCGAUAAAGUACUAGCUAUGAGUAAACUUCGUUGUGAUAUUUUAUAUAAUAGACGAAUCAAAGAAGCUCAUGAAUUAGAUAAAGAAUUUCGAAAAUUACAUAUUACUAAACCAAUUACUCAAGAAGAACUAUUAGAUUCAGAAAAUACUCAAGAUUUAAAUAAUACUGAAAAUGAACUUAUUAACUAUGAAUUAAAUGAUUAUAUAAACAAUAAUGAUCUAAAAGAUAAUAACGAACUUAUUACAGAAGAUAACAAUAACCUUAUUAUGGAAGAAGAAGAACAAUGGAAUAUAUUAAUUGAUAAAUGGUCAGCUAUAAGUGAACAAGAAAAUAUAAAUGAAGAACAAGAAAGUAGCGAAUUAAAUGAAAUAAUUCAUUCAGCUGAUAAUAGAAAUGCUAAAUAG